AGACCAGAAUUACAAGUACCGAAACUAGUAACUACAGUGUGAAAACUGGAUUUAAAAAGAGAAGAAAAAUAAAACUGUAUUUAAGAAGAAAAAAAAAAAUCAAUACCAUAACAAGGUUUGCAAAAUUCACACGAACCCAUUCUUCGUUCAAAGUCUGCGAAGAGGCAUUGAAUGGAAGCACCGAAGAAAUCCAAUCUUCUUCAUCGUUGGAAAGAAGGUUUCCAUGUCGCACACUGUCACGACAACAAGGUUAAGGUAUGCCAUUCCCAAAUGUAUUGUCUUUCUGAGGCUCUUCUCUGAUUCCCCAAAACAAAAUGCAAAAACAAAUUCUGGGUCUUAUGCCAUGAAUGAUGCCGUGGCCUUAUUCACGCGCUUGAUCACUAUGCACCCUCUUCCAUCUAUUGUAGAAUUUAACAUGAUUUUAGGGUCAAUAGUGAAAAUGAAGCAUUACCCAACUGCUAUUUCACUUUCUAAACAAAUGGGUUUGAGAGGAAUCACCCCUUCUCUAGUCACUUUGAGUAUUUUGAUCAAUUGUUACUGCCACUUGGGUCACAUGGGUUUUGCUUUUUCUGUGUUGGGUGUGGUUCUCAAGAGGGGCUAUCAGCCCAAUGCCAUAACCUUCACCACACUCAUGAAAGGGCUUAGUAACAAUGGCGAGGUUAGGAAAGCAUUGGACUUUCAUGACAGUGUGGUGGCACAAGGGUUUCGGUUGGAUGAAGUUAGUUAUGGGACCUUGAUCAAUGGGUUGUGUAAAAUAGGACUGACAAGGGAUGCCUUUGAGUUGCUGCAAAAGAUGGAAGGGCAAGUGGUUAAGCCUAAUGUAGUUAUCUACAACAUGAUCAUUGAUGGUUUGUGCAAAGAUGGACUUGUAACUGAUGCGCAUGGUUUAUAUUUGGAGAUCGUUGGCCGGGGAAUAGAUCCUGAUAUUUUUACUUACACUUGUCUAAUUCAUGGUUUUUGUAGUUUGGGGCAGUGGGGAGAGAUUACUCGGCUGCUAUGUGAUAUGGUUGAUAAAAAGGUCAACCCAAAUGUUUAUACAUACAAUAUAUUAAUUGAUGCAUUAUGUAAAAAAAGAAUGCUUGUAGAAGCUCGUGAUAUGUGUAAUUUGAUGAUUUACAGAGGUCAGCGACCAGAUGUAGUUACUUUCAAUACUUUGAUGAGUGGAUAUUGCUUGCUCAAUAUUGUGGAUGAGGCAAGAAAGUUGUUUGAUACAUUUGUGGACUGGGGUAUUAUACCUGAUGUUUGGAGUUAUAACAUCUUGAUUAUUGGGUAUUGCAAGAGUAAAAGGAUUGAUGAAGCUUUGAGCCUCUUCAAUAAAAUGCAUUACACAAAUUUGGUUCCUAAUAUUGUAACAUACAGUUCUCUUAUUGAUGGUUUGUGCAAAUCAGGGAGAUUCUCUUAUGCAUGGGAACUUUUUAGUGCUAUUCAUGAUGGUGGUCCAUCCCCUAAUGUUAUCACUUACAAUAUCAUGUUAGAUGCUCUUUGCAAAAUCCAGCAUAUUGACAAGGCAAUUGAAUUAUUUAACCUAAUGUUUCAAAAGGGAUUGACUCCAAAUGUUUCGAGUUAUAACAUAUUGAUUAAUGGGUAUUGCAAGAGUAAGAGGAUUGAUGAAGCCAUGAACCUUUUCAAAGAAAUGCAUCACAGAAAUUUGGUUCCUGACUCUGUAACUUAUAAUUCUCUCAUAGAUGGCCUGUGUAAAUCAGGGAGAGUUUCUCAUGCAUGGGAGCUUUUCAAACUGAUGCAUGAUGGUGGUCCACCAGUUAAUGUUAUAACUUAUAAUAUAUUGUUAGAUGCUUUUUGCAAAAUACAACAUGUUGUAUAUUAAACCUAAUGUUUGAUUGGGGAUUGGCUUCUUGUGGUUUUAGUCAUUGCAUCUUGAUCGAUGAAUUUUGCAAGGUUAAAAGGAUGAAUGAUGCCCCUUAAAUCUCUUCAGAUAUACUCUUGCAACAGUUUGGUUCUUGAUAUAUUAACUCAUAUUUUUGCUAUAAUUGGCUUAGGAAUCUAUGAGAAUCUCAUCUGCAUGGGAGCUCACUGGUGAUAUACAGGAUAAUGGAUGAUCAUCUAUCACGUACAAGUUACUAAUAUUGUUAGAUGCUUCUUUUUGCAAUAGCCAGUAUCUUGACAAGGUGGCUAUUUUAAUUUAGUGGUGCAAAAAAUAAUUUGUUUUGAUAGGUUCCCAUUGCCUAAUUUAUAGUUUUUACAUAAAUCAAAGACUGAGGAUUGCACUAGAGAUUUUUCAGCAUUCUUGUUUGAACUUUCUGUUGUGAAAGUUGUCACAUAUGACACCAUUACCAAUGGGGUCUGGUUAGAAGGUUUGUUCCAUGAAGUAGUGGGCUUUCUUAUGGAAAUAACAAAUGGUAAAGCAGGGGAACUACUUCAAGAAAUGUUUGCUGGAGAUCUGAACAAAUGAUAAAACCUGGGAUAGGAAAUUUGAUCAGGAGAAUAUCUAUUCUGGACCUAGCAUGCCCUCAUGACCUGGAGAGACCCUAUGUGUCGCUGUUGCAGCUUCCACAUAGGUUGAACCCAAUGGAAAAUGCAUUGAUGCAUUUAAUUUUUGGAUUGUCAUCCCCAAAAGUAAAGUUCGUGAAAGGUAGUGCUUUCCUGAGGUAAUCAAUGUUCUGUGAGAAUAUUUCAGGUAGUAUAUAUUUAUUCUUGAAUAAGUUUUUUAUAUCCUAAAUGAAUAACAUUAGUUUUAUGCAUAUACUACCUGCGUGCACAAGUGAAGCAAUUUAAGAUAUGGUUUAACUACUUUCUAUGAAGUGGCAUGGGUUGCAUUUUAGCUUUAGCAAAAGUUGAAUGAUAUUUUAGUUGUUAGUAGAGCAUCUGUGCCUUCGAGUAGCUAAGCAUAUCGGGAAAUUUUUAAAAUCUGUCCCAUUUUGUCCAAUAAACUGGUAGUGCACAAGAUUUGGCAUACUAAAUUCUCAUGUUAUUGAUAAGAUUUGGCAUAGGUUGCUUUUCAAAUGUCCAUAGCAUACAAAAUUCUCAAGCUGUAAUGGUAUAUUGUGCAAGUGAUCAUACUCUUCCUUUACUUUAGAGGCAUAUAUGGUGAAAAUAGCCAUUGUGUCUCUUGAUUUUAUAUACUUAUUUGGUUUUCUUGCUUUCCUGCUCUUAAAUAUUAUUACGUCAGAUUAUCUUGCUUUGUCAUGUUGUACUACAUGAUCCUAGUGAAAUGUCAUUAUCCUAAAUAAAGCUCUUGUAGAUCUCCAAAUUAUUAGUGACACUCUUGCUUUAUUUGAGAAAGGUUAAACAUUUUAAUACCCCUCGAAUGUCUUCCGAGGAGGAGAUGUGCCUGUUGCUAAACAUACAGCAUACCCACAAGACCACAACCCAUUGCUUCUUUUGUAUAUUUGUGUUUUAUUUAGUUAAAUUUGCCCGAUUCUCUUACUGCAGGAAAUAUGCAGCAUACCUUGUUAGGUUUUGAAUUCUAAAUGCAUUACAAUCUAUGGGAACAAAAUUCAGAAAUGGCAGAAUCUUGUUCUUAAGGAUGUGACACUACCAGAAUGACUCUCCUUUGCUAUCUUUGAAUAUGCGGAAUGGCCAGGAUCAAGUGAGGAAGUUGGAAAAUGAAGUUGUUUGAGAAACUGAAGCUAAAAUGAACUGCGGAAAAAGGGAUGUUGUUGAGCAUACAAGAGAUAGUAUGGAAGGACUUGAACCCAAAAUUUGUUCUUAAAGUGUAUCGAGAUGUUGCUGCAACAAGUUAUUUGCAGUUUGGAGUUGAUGUGUGACCCUUUGUUUGCGCUGCAAUGGAGUAAUGGAAGAGAGUGAUUAUGGUGGGGACUGGAGAAAAUGUGAGUAAUCCACUGCUGGGAGGAAGAGAGAAAGAGAGAGGAAUAAUGGAAGCUAAAGACAGAAAAGAGAACAAGUUUAUUAAAGAAUGUAGACAAAAAUGGUGGAUCAAAAUAGAAUGAUGCAAUUGAAGUAGAAAUAUGCUUGCAAAGUAAGUUUUGGACUUGUGAUCUAUACACUUGAAGAGUGAAGUGUUAGUUUUAUGCAAAAAUGAAACUAGAAAAGUGCAGUAUGAAAUAUGAUUUUUUGAUUUAGGGUUUUAGUAAAGAAUUGACACUGAUUGUCAAUAGGUAUAUUCAUGUGCUAAAUGUAACUAUUUUUCAAUAUUUAAUUCCUCUAGUAAUACGUGAAAGACUUAAUUUAUGUCUAAUAAAUCUUGUUAUUUCUUAUUUGUAUGACACACUUGCUAAUGAUAGAUUCAUUAGAUUAAAGUAACAAAAGCAUUUUGUUUGUAACACACAAAAAUAUAUGUUCAUGAGUAUAUAAUUAUUCAGUUACUAAACUUACUUGGACACUGAUUUUACCAACAACCAAAAUCUGUUUGUAAAACACAUUGCUUCUAAUCAUUUUGAUUUUUUGGCGUAAAUGAAGCAUAUGAUUACGACCAA